UUCACAGCUCUGAUCACUCCAGAGAAAACCGACAUUUUACGAGCGGGGGGGGGGCUUAAUAAAACGAGUGUCUGAUUUAUUAAAACAACAAAGACUUGGUUCAACAACAGAUCAAACAAAAAAUGAUUAUGAACAACAAGAAAAUUUUGAUCUUGCAUAUGCAUUUCCAUUUGUAUAUCCUUAUGUUCCAUCAACACUCUCACUUGAUCAAUUGGAUAUGCCUCAUGAACUUCAUCUUGAUUUUCUUUCACUUGUUUCAUAA